AAUCAGCGGGAGGAGCGGGGCGGGGCCAGCGGAGCUCGGGUCGCGCUCCGGGACAAGAGUGCCGGUGGUGGGCGCGCGUACCGGUGCUCGGAGGGAGGAGCGGAUGUGUCCAGGCAGCUGCGGGGCGGGCGCGGGGCGGGGCGGGGCGGGCAGCGGCCGCGCUCCUUAGCGGGCGGCGCAGGGCUGCUGGCACGGCACGGCGGGGCACGGCGGGCUGCAUGGGCUUGAGUCGGUUCCAUUCGGGGCCCCGUGGGGACCGGGUCGGCCCCCCGCGAGCUCGGCAGCUCUCAGGAAGGUCAAAAGAAGAGUCGGUGUGUGAGCCGUGCCGUGCCACGGGGGAGACAGCCCCCGCGGUGUGCGAGGGGAAGAUGCUUCUGCAAGGACACUCGGGCUUUUCGGGCUUCGGCGUGCCUGUGAAGCUUCUUGCAGUAGGGACGCACUCUGUGUCUAUCGGUUUGGAGUAGGUUGAGUCCAGGACACAUGCUGCUUCUCCACUGAAUACUUUUGGAUUGGAGCAAGGGGUUAAGAAUCACCAGCAGUUGAAAAGCACAAAGCUGCAAGAUGUCAGGCCGAAGUGGGAAGAAGAAAAUGUCCAAACUCUCACGCUCAAGCAGGGCAGGUGUUAUUUUCCCUGUGGGGAGAAUGAUGCGCUACCUAAAGAAGGGAACAUACAAGUACCGGAUAGGUGUUGGAGCACCAGUUUACAUGGCAGCCGUCAUAGAGUACCUAGCAGCUGAAAUUCUAGAAUUAGCAGGAAAUGCAGCACGAGACAACAAGAAAGGAAGAAUUGCCCCCAGACACAUCCUGCUAGCAGUUGCAAAUGAUGAGGAACUGAAUCAGUUGCUCAAAGGUGUGACUAUUGCCAGUGGAGGUGUCCUGCCUAGAAUUCAGCCAGAGCUUCUAGCCAAGAAACGGGGUGCCAAAGGCAAAUCUGAGAGCAUCCUUUCACCUGCUCCUGAGAAGAAGGGAAGGAAAAUGAUGGUGAACAAAAAGAGUGGGAAGAAGGCAAAGUCUACCAAGGCCCGGACACCCAAAAAGAACAAACAAAAGGACAAUGAAAAAGAAGGAGCUUCAAAUUCAACAUCUGAAGAUGGACCUGGGGAUGGUUUCACUAUAUUGUCCUCCAAGAGCCUUGUGCCAGGACAAAAGCUUUCUCUGACACAGAGUGACAUCAGCCAUAUUGGCUCCAUGAAAGUAGAAGGUAUUGUUCACCCUACAACUGCUGAAAUAGACCUCAAGGAGGAAAUAGGUAAGGCACUGGAAAAGGCUGGAGGGAAAGAGUUUUUAGAAACGGUGAAAGAGCUUCGCAAAUCUCAAGGACCUUUGGAAGUUGCCGAAGCUGCGCUUACUCAGUCUAGCGGCCUAGCAGCAAAGUUUGUCAUCCACUGUCACAUCCCACAGUGGGGCUCAGACAAGUGUGAAGAGCAGCUUGAAGAGACUGUAAAGAACUGCUUAACAGCCGCAGAAGACAAGAAGUUGAAGUCUGUGGCUUUCCCCCCGUUUCCCAGUGGCAGAAACUGCUUCCCAAAACAGACGGCAGCCCAGGUGACUCUAAGAGCUAUUUCCACCCAUUUUGACGGCACCAGCUCUUCCUCCUUGAAGAACAUUUACUUUCUGCUCUUCGACAGUGAAAGUAUUGGCAUCUAUGUGCAAGAAAUGGCCAAGCUAGACACUAAGUAGCAAUGGCAGCCAAAUGAAACUUUAUUUUUCAACAAACUUGAGUAGCAUUAAAAGCAUUAGAGGUGGGUUUUAUUUUUUCAAUGUGAUGAGGAGGGGGAGUGGUAGUAGUGUGAUGUGUUGUGACUUGAUGAAGAGCUGUGACUAGAGAUGAGAGGGGCUUAGUCCAAUUUCUUCAUGCUGUCAGCAUACUCUAGCCAUUUAUAUCACCUUAAGCAACUGAGUUACCAUUUCUUUUCAGGACUUUGUUUAGUGUCCCUUGUUAUUUUAGUUUAGAAGUUUUUAAAGAGUAACUUCAUUUUAGAUUUGUAGUGAGGAUUUUUUCACACACACACUUUAAAGAAAGCUCUUAAAAAUGUUCUGCUCUGUUUUCCCCUCCUUGGAGGGUAGAUGGUGAACUUCUGCCUCCAGCCCACAGAGAGGGGAAAAGGAUUUGGAAGUGAUGCAUGAGGAGCUUCUGUUUUGCUUUUGACUCACAAUAAUAUCUGUAAUUACUAAGAGUAUUUCAUGGUGAUUUUGUUUGUUUUAUAAGAAAAAAAGAAAAAGA